AGGAAAGGUGCAAGUCAAAAAAAGUCUAGUUGCUUCGAAUGGCUGCCACCUCUCUCUCUCUCUUUUUUUUUGUUGAAAAUUUUACCUUUUGAAUAUCAACUUCUCUCUCUCGUCUCUCUCAGGUGUGAUCGAAGUUUAAGAGGAUGCAUGGGUUACCUCCUAAUAUUUGCAAAUCUAACUGGCGGAGAUAUCACAAUUAAUGCUUCCGAGAAGAACGAAUACAGAUGACUUGCAUUUUCCAAAUCCUUAAAUAUAUGGAUUCCCAACUAAGUCAGACUUAACUGCAUCACAAGUACAGAUGUCAAAACAAAGUUCGGUUUCGCUCUUCACAAGGCCAUCAUCGUGCGAAAGCAGCAUCCUUCGCGUGGUAUCGCACGAUCAAAGAUAAGACACAAUACUAUUGUCUUCUUUUUUCUUUUUUUUUAAUGCCAACCAUUAUAGCGAGGGGCCCAGAGGAAAAGAGUGGGCAACUUGCUUUCGAUUAUCCACGGACCGACCUCCGUUUCCUUCACAGGUUUAUUUAUAUAUUUUGCGAUCUAAAUAAACACUUAGAUCGCGAAGUUAUCACCAUCACCGUAGCAAAACUCUCAUGCAUGUGCAGGUUGAUCAUGAAGAGCUGCAUUUAUACAAAAUUAGUUGGCGAGAGGACUUCUCUCGGAGCAACUCGAAGAAAACUUCCGCAGAAACGAGAAAAUAAUGACAGGAAAUUAAGCAGGAGCGUCAGAAGGAUAAGAGCUGACAUGGUUGAGAUCAGCGAGGGACAAAAACGCAUAAGAGAGGGACAGAAGGAAAUCAGGAAAAGAUUUCAAGAAAUAAGCGAAGAGGCUGCCAAACUGAGAGAGGAAACUAACGUAAUCUCCAAGCAGAGCUCUGAAAAUCAACUCAGGCUUGAUCUAAUGUUUCAAAUAGUCAAAGCAAGAGCAGAGAAUGAUCAUGCCAAAGACGCCUUGCUCACUCAAACCUUACGUCAAAAGCCGAAACAAGACGUAUAGUGGUCGUGUUCAACGGUAAAGCCAAAAAGGGAAACUUGACUACAGAAGUAUCUAUCUGGCUCCUUUCGCUCCCUAGCAAUCGCGCAGGAUAACGAAGGUUUCGCGCGAUUUGCAGACAUCAGUACCUUUAUAAAAAUUUUCAGAUUCUCGAAAAUGAUAUUUCUUUCACAAGACUUGUUCUUUACUGCUACAAAUCUCCCUGUUUCUUAAUCAACUGAUCGUCGAUGGACCGUACAACUUUGUCUGCGAACUUGAAGGAUGCUAAUAAUCAGAAAGUGAAAAAGAGAAAAAACAGAGAGUGUACGAAAUAUGCAAAGAAAACGAAGAUGAUUCAGCAUUCCUUACGUGCUAUUGGUGAGGAAAUUGAGGAGAACGAGGAGGAAAAUGGUUCCAUUCUUCAGAUGCUGCAACGAAAGCAGCUUGAGAUCAAACAGCAGGAAGCUGACUUCUGUGAUUCGCAGAACAAAAUAAUCACUGCACAUGAAAACUGUGUAGGUGCGUUGUUGCAAGAGCUAUUAGUCCAAUACCUCAUGGCGGGAUCUAACCAGCUAGAAAUUGCACAAUGUGUUAUGUUUUCUCCAAAUGCCAAUUCGGAUGAUAGGAUUCCAUCCGAGGAUGGCAUCGUUGAAUUGAAACAUCGUUCUAAGAUGUCGGUUAAGCAGAUUGAAGUUUUAUGCAAAAUCUUGACAGGAUGACAAGCUUGAAAGGAGAUUCGCAGAGGAUCUGGAAUCAAGAUGUCGGUUGCGUGCUGCCCGGAUCGAUGCUAUUUUUCAUGUCUUUCCCCUGAUUCCAUCUGGAUUCAUACCAUUUGAUGAAACAUAACAUCCCAAAUAAUGAAUUUUCCAUUCUGGUUCUGAAUCUUGUCGCUCUGUGGAAGACAGAAUGCUUUUAAACUUCGAGUGCAUUUACAUCUGCGUAACUUAUUAUUA